AUGUCGCAGAAGGAUGCGCAAGUGCAGAAGGCCAAGGCACUCCACGAUGCCAUCCGGCAGAUGACGGAGCAGACGGAGACUCUGGAGGCUGAGCUUUCCAAGCUCGCCGCGGAGAAGGCCCAAGUGGAGGCGGACCUGGCGACCUCUGCGAACCGUGCCCGGGAGCUCCAGGCACAGCUUCCGCAGAAGGCCAUGGAGCUGAAGCAGCUCGAGGCUCUGGAGCAACAAAAGGAGGCGGAGUACAUGAAGAUGCUUGAAGCCACCCCCACCUUAGUACAGGUCUUAAAGAAGUGA